AUGGGAGAGACGACCGGCCUGAAUUUUUUCGUGAACGGCGACGAGAUCAACCUGAUCGACCCGAAUCCUGAGUUAACGCUUGCGUACUAUAUUCGGAAUACAUUAAAACUCACCGGCACCAAACUUGGCUGUGAGGAAGGAGCGUGCGGAGCCUGUACGGUAGUCGUUGGAAGAAUUGACCCAAACACGAAGAAAGUUCGAUACGAGGCCAUCAAUUCUUGCCUGGUCCCAAUUUUUAUGGUAGAUCACUGUUCGAUUAUUACAGUAGAAGGCAUUUCAAAGGAUCGAAUUCAUCCAGUGCAGGAGCGCCUUUCCCGUGGUCACGGUACUCAAUGUGGCUUCUGCUCCCCCGGUUUCACAAUGGCCAUGUACGCCCUUCUGAGAAACAAUCCGGAGCCGACAAUGGAUGAGAUCAACCAGGCUAUAAAAGGAAACCUUUGCCGUUGUACCGGCUACCGCCCCAUCCUCGAGGCCUUUUACUCGUUUUCUGGAGAGGCCAAGGCUGGAUGCUGUGGUGGAGGAGCAGGCGGAUGCCCCUGUAAGGAGCAAGAAAAUGUUGAUCCUAAUCAGGCCGGAAAACUGGCGGAUUUUGGGUUGAUGACCAAGUAUGAUGCCAGCCAGGAGAUCAUCUUCCCGCCGAAGCUAUUGGUGAACGCCUGGAGGGCCGAUCGUAAUUUGGCACUCCGUGGAGGCAGGGUGACACUUCACGCUCCGAAUAGCCUGAAUGAAGUGGCAAAAAUCGCGAGCAACCUCCCGGAUUUCAAAAUAAUUUCUUCGGGAAUGAUUUCGAGACUUGUGCUGGGAUUAUCUCCGAACGUCUCGAGGGCCAACUGGCUGAGCAUUCACCGGAUUGCCGAGAUGGGAAAGGUCGACGUCCUCGAAGAUCGCAUCAUCAUCGGUGGCGCCUUGAGCAUUGGUCAACUCGAAAAGGCCAUACGCGAAAAUGUGGCAGCUCCGGACGACAUGCUGCGUAUCUUCCGUAAAUAUUCGGCAGAGCAAGUCAAAAACACGGCGAGCUGGGCUGGUGCUCUCUGCUCAGCCUCCCCGACCAGCGACUUUUGCGCGCUGGCAUUGGCAGUGAACUGUCAGCUCCACCUAUUUUCACUGGCGAACUGGAGUAGAAGCAAGAUCACUGUUGAGCAGUUGUUCGAUACCGAGGGCAAGACAAUUCUAAAGCCGACUGAUGUGUUGACUGCUAUUGAAUUCCCGAGAGAAGAGACAAAUGUCCAUUACUUGUCCUACAAACAUGGUAAAAUCAAGUCGUCACGCCUCGUCGCCGGCCUAAACAAGAAAUCGGAGCUGCUCAAGGUGGUGUCGGAGAAGAUCUUUGACAGCAAAGAAGCACAUGCCGAAAUCAUCGCCGUUGACCCUUCCGAGGCCUUGAAGUUGCCGGGAGUUUUGGCUUACAUCGAUGAAAAGGAUAUCCCAGCUGGCGGCUCGAAUACUCCACUCUCCGGUCAGCUCUGUUUGAUGAACGACAACACAAGACUGUUUGCGGCUGGAAAAGUGGAAUCCGUUGGCCAAAUGAUUGGAUUGAUUGUUGCCAACGAUGUCUUGACAGCCAGAAGGGCUGCCAAGCUCGUCAAUGUCGAGUACAGCAAGCUGAAGUCGAUCCUGGAUGUUGAGGAUGGCUUCCAAGCUAAUGAACUCCUCGGCCCGGCGAUGCAUUUCGGAAAGGAAGAAGAUGCCGUAGCUGCUGAUCUGGCAGCCUGUGAAUUCCAGAUAUCAGGAAAAGUGGGGUUGGGCGGACAGGAGCACAUCUACAUGGAGACUCAAUCUUGCGUUGCGGUGCCAGGCGAGGAGAACGAAUUCAUCCUCUACACCGCUUCUCAAGGAGCCGCUUUUGCGCAACUUUCUGCUGCACAGCUUCUCGGAAUUCCGAGCAAUAACUUUACAGUUAAGAUCCGACGUGUUGGUGGAGCCUUUGGAGGAAAAGCUGGUGCUCAAUGCGGCUUUGCAAGAUGGCCGGCAUUGCUAGCUGCCCACAAGCUGAAACGUCCGGUUAGUAUGGUGCUGCAUAGACAGGAUGAUGUGAUGAUGACCGGGAAGAGGCAUCCGGCAAAGUGUUCUUACAAAGUCGGCUUCUCGAGCUCAGGGAAGAUCGAGGCUAUCCAUUACGAGACUUUGGUCGAUGGGGGCUGGUCGAUCGACAAUUCGAUUUGGGUUACGAAGGUUAUCGGCUGCUUGGCCCCCACGUGCUUCAAAAUUCCAAGUUAUCGUUCUACCGUAUAUCCUGUGAAAACGAACAAGAGCUCGAAUACGGCUUUCAGAGGCUACGGCCAACCACAAGCCUACUUCAUCAUGGACGCGAUCGUCAACCAUGUCGCGCAGAGCUUGGGAAAAAGAUUUGAAGAGGUCAAAGAGCUGAACUUUGCGCAUGUCGGCGACUUGGAUCCCCUGGGAGCAAAGGUUCGAAAUGACGGUAUGCUCGAGUGUUGGGAGGAGUGCAAAAAGAUGGCCGAGUUCACGAAGCUGGAGAAGGACGUCGAGGAGUUCAACAGAAAUUCCCCGAUUAUCAAGCGCGGCGUGGCCAUGGGCACCACUCGAUUUGGCAUGCCCCACCCAGGACCCUUAGAGGCUGCCUCGGCUCUUGUCCAAAUCUGCUACGACGGUGCGGUCUCCAUCUCGAUCGGCGGUGUCGAAAUGGGUCAAGGGUUGAACGUUAAGAUCCAGCAGUGUGCGAGCAGGGCUCUAGGGAUUCCCAUCGACCGCAUCAACCUGCUGGAAGUUGGAACCGACAAAACGACAAAUGCUCCGGUUACUGGAGGAAGCCAAGGAGCAGAUAUCCACGGAAAGGCUGUCAAGGCCUGUUGCGACAAGCUGAUCGUUGGACUGAAACCGUUCCUGGAGAAGGCUGAAGGGGACUGGAAUACUGCUUGCUUCCAGGCUUACUUGAACAAGACUCCGCUACAAGCUAGCGAGUUUAUUACAAUUGAACGCGAUCAGCACGGCCUUGGCAAAGAUGACCCUUGCUACUACACUUCUGGAGCCAUCUGUACCCUUGUGGAGUUGGAUACCUCAAACGGAGAACAUCGGCUCGUCGCUGUCGACAUUGUAAUGGACGUCGGAGAAAGCUUGAACCCUGCCAUUGAUAUUGGGCAGAUCGAAGGCGGUUUUAUGCAGGGUUACGGUUUGAUGACGUGCGAAGAUCUGGCGUACGACCAGAAUGGAAAGCUCCUCACCGAUACUGCUUACAAAUACAAAAUCCCUACAGUGCAAAUGGUCCCGGAUCGAUUCCGCGUGAAGCUACUUGAAGGAAUUUCUUGCUAUCCGGAGCAAAUCUAUCGCUCAAAGGGGAUCGGCGAACCUCCAUUAAUGCUUGCCACCGCUGUCCAUGCAGCUCUCCUAAAGGCGAUCAUCGCCAAGAAGAAGCCGGAAAAGCCGCUAGUACUCGACGCUCCGCUGACGGCCAAAAAGCUCUUCGAGGCGGUGAAUCGAUUG